UGGGCUAAGUGGACUUGUUUUAUAUUUAUAAUUUAAGAUUUAUAACAUCUGUAUUUAAUUUGUCUAAGAAAUUAUUACUGCUGUUAGAACAUUGCAGUUAGUCAUUUAAAAUACCAAUAAAAAAAUUAUUAAAAAGAGAAAAAAAGUAAUUUUGCCACGAAAGAAAAUACUUUGAGUCACAACUCACAAUGAAAGUGUACUUAGUUUACUUUGAAAUUGCUGGAAUCAUGUGAAGGGUGAAGAUUAAAGUGUCGAUUUUUCAUUCGUUAAACUGUUAAUAUUCACUGUGAGAUGGCGGAAAGUGGAUCAUUUGUGGCCAAGCCGGCGCGGGGUUGGUUGCAUCCCGACUCAGUAUUAGCCUCCGACGGAGUAACGUAUGCCGUUAGGUAUAUUGGGUGCAUGGAAGUUUUAACAUCGAUGAAAAAAUUAGACUUCGAUACCAGAUCACAAGUUGCCAAGGAAUGCAUAGCAAGAGUAUGUGCAGCCGCAGGUCUUCGUUCGGCGGAUAAGAAGCGUCGUGUGUCUCAAGCAGCCGCCCGUGCGCUUACGGCCAGACCGCGCAUGUCUCAUUCGGGAGCCAAUGUCGCCCUAACCGUAUCAUCGAAGGCAAUAACCCUGGCGGUUCUGGAAGGCGGCGACACCAUAGCGCGACACGACAUGCCCAGAGUAUCGUUUGCCUCGGGCGGAGAUGCGGAUUCGUUAGACUAUGUAGCGUACGUGGCCAAAUCAGCUCCACCGACGGAAUGGAGAGCGUGCUACGUUCUAGAAUGCGGUGGAAGACUGGCGCAAGACGUGAUAGCGACGAUAGGACAGGCCUUCGAGUUGCGUUUUAAGGAAUUUUUAACGAAACCCUCGACAUUAAAUCUCAAUGGAUCUCUGCCCAGCUGCGAAAGCGCUUGUGGGCUAGUGGAGGACAGAGAGUAUUACAACGACAUGCCGGACAAGGUGCCGCCCGAGCUGGCGCCGACUUCGCACCGCCACCCCCCGCCCCCGCCCCUUGCCUCGCUGACGUCACUCGCACCGCUCUCCUCGUGCGAGGAAAGCGUAAGGCACUACGUGAACCAGACCCCGCCGCCGCGGACUCCGCCCACCGCGCUGCUGCCGAACCACCACACGGACAUUUUUGACAUGCAACCAUUCACGGCGGCUCCGGUCACGUCGUCGUCGUCCUCUGUGACGUCGGGCACGUCCGCGUCCGCCGAGUGCGCGCCGCUGACUGCCGAGGCGCAGGCCGCGCUGCUGGCGAAGGAGCCUUGGUUCCACGGACCUAUUUCUAGGACUACUGCUGAAAAGUUGGUAGUUGAGGAUGGCGAGUUUUUGGUGCGCGAGUCGACGGCGUGCGCGGGACAGUUCGUUCUGACGGGCGCCAGAAGGGGUCUGCACAAACAUCUACUACUCGUCGAUCCUAUAGGAGUGGUACGAACUAAAGAUCGGGUGUUCGACAGUGUGCCUCAUCUAAUCAAGUACCACUGUUCUAACGAGCUGCCCAUAGUCUCAGCGGAUUCCGCUCUACUACUCCGUAAGCCGGUCCUCAGGUCGUCUUCCUGAGACUUAAAGAUAAUCUACGUUGACUACAGAAAGUUAACAUUCCACAAAAACUAAAAAAAUGUAUUCUAACAGUAUUAAAACGCUAAUAAUAAAAUGUUUGUCUAAUGACAUUGAAAAAUUAGAGAGUAAAUAAUG